AUGGGAAAGAACAGAUCUCAACCGAAUGAAACAGAACAGAAGCAGAAGAAGGAAAGUACUUUAUCGGAUGAUGAAAGGGAGUGUUCUACAGUGAUGAUCCGAUCAAAUAUUGCUCAAUGUUCAGUUGGGAGGAAUACCGAGAGAGAAAUGGGAAGAUCAGAUCUAGAUGUUGCUGCUUCCAAAGGGACUAUUGAGAAAACAACAAGUGGUCUGGAUUUGAUUCCGAUUGAAGUUUUUCGGCACUCGUUGUUGCCCUUUGUGCCGGUUCGGGAUUUAUUCUCGUUGCUAUCUUUGAACAAGUAUUAUAAGAAUUUAGUGGAUGCCAAUGAGUGUUGGAGAGAAAAGUUUUAUCUGUUACUUCCACCAUGCCAAGAUGCAUACUUGAAAAAUCUGAAAUUGUUUGAGUCUGUUUGGAAGUCAUGCUUGUUUGGAAAAAUUAAAUUAACUAAAACUGCCCUAAAACAAGUUUCCUUCUCCGAUGUGAGUUAUAAGAAAUUACUGAGAAAUGUUUUUGUGGAUGGAAAAUUAUACGGAUUGAGGCUAUUUAAUACAGGAACUGAUAAAAGAGCCUCCAAACCAUAUUCCUACAUUCUAGAUAAUGAUUUAGAAUGUUUUAACUCGGUUCAACAUGUCACAUCCGAAGAAAAUAUAUUUUCUCUCAAUGAUCAAGACUUUUCAUCACUGAAAGUCAACAUCAAACAUAGCAUUGAAACAAGAUUUCCAAACAUUGAAUUUUUUACAGGGAAAUGUUUUGGCUUGGAUCAAUUCGACGAUAUAGACUCAGCAAGAUAUUAUUACUUUGGUGUCUCUGUGGGAUUGUAUAUCAAUAUAGUUCAAAUUUGGCACCCAUCUGGUGAUUUAAUAACUAAUGUGCUUGGGCGAAAGAUGAUUUAUAAAUCAUUUAAGAAACGACAAGACUUUCAAGGAAAAGAAGGUAAAUGGGCCUUAUCGAAAAACUUUUCUAAGAAUAUGCGAGGAAAAAAGGGAUGCAAUUUAGAUAUUACUGUUCAUGGAGUUUGGUCUGAUCAAACUGGUAGAGCUGGAUUUUUCACCUCUGAAAACGUUAAUAAUAACGCAAUUGAAAAGAGCAAUGUAGAACCAUUGCACAGGAAAUUACGUCAUUUAAAUUACGAACAAUAUGACAAGAGUUUUGAAGCGGAUUCUGCAAAGACACUUACUGAAUAUUUGUGGAAUUUUGUGAUUUUAGAUACCGAAGAAGAGUUUACAUUACAAUUUUGUUGUAAGGAGAAUUUUAACCAUAUUAUAGGACUUGUGAUUAAAUACAAUAAGGAACAAUCAUGUGAAUCUUUUCAACCCAGCAGUGUCGAUGGAAACAUUUUGGAUUGUUACUUCUCGUUUAACAUUAUUGAUUGGAUUGAUGGAGUUUCAAUUCACAAGUAUUUGGUUCUUUGUGAGUGGGACAACAAAACAACGACAGAAAAAUCUGCACUCGUGAUCAGUACGAAGGGUAUUGUUGGAAAAGCCAAGCUUGUUUGUACUUGUAGUAAGCCAAGAGAUGACUGA